AUGUUCUCCUCACUCGCAUCUUUUUCGCCCUUUGGCCGCGGCUUGGGCCGGAGCUCAACCUCAACCUCUGCCGCAGGUGCCACCGCUGCAGACGCCAUCGCCAUUCCCCCUGUCGACGUGCACGACGUGGAAACGUCCGCGGACAAGCGAGGCCGGGCGCUCAAGCACCUGCUGAAACUCAACCACGUGAACUUUUCCAUCCUAUACAACCACUUGAGAUUCCACAAUCACACGCCUCACCUCCUCGGCUCUGCAUACCUCCUCUCGUCGUCCGCCGAUCAUUUACACGCCGUCUACGAAGAAGCCGCCGCUAACGAGGGCCACGAGCCCUGGGUCGACUCGCCCUCGGAGAUCGCCCCGCACGACUACCGCGACUACCUGGGCAAACGCGAGUACCAGCGCGCGUUCGUCGAUUUUUUCGAGGACCAGAUGGUGCUCGAGGGCUACGACUGGAAACGCGUGGUCGAGAAGUACCUCUUCGAGAGGGGCGACGCAACGAAGGGCGAACCCAAUGCGGAGCCCAUGUUCCACUGCUUGACGGGCGGGCUGGGCCAUUCGCUAAUCCACCUCGGGUAUGCGUACGAGCUGAACAGCCGCGAGGUGGCGAUGGAGGCGCUGGGGCUCGCGGCGACGUGCUACGACCAGAAACUCGCACAGCUGCUCGAGACCGCCGCCGCGCCGGCCAACCCGCUGACUCCUUCCUCGACGAAUGAUUUGUUUGAGGUGUUUGCCCGCGUUCACGGAGACAGCCGGCUCGACGGCGUCUUCACGCACCCCGGGGGAGAGAAUCUGACACGCCUGCUCAGCGACGCUGCCCUGACAUCGGUCCUGCUCGAGCACUUCCACGCGUGGCAGAUCGUCGACCCGACCAGGGACUUCGCGCAGUCGCAGGCGCUGGCGACGGCGCUCCUGAUCGCCAGCGGGCCCAGCGUCGGCGGCCACGGCUGGGACUUCCUCCUGGUGCAUCUGCUGACGACGUCGCACGCGGUGCGCGUCCUAAUCCCGUUCCUGCCCGCGCCGCACCACCACGUGCCCCUGGUGCGCGAGUGGCUGCUGAUCGCGCUGGCCAUCUACAUCACCCAGCUGCGGCCCGCCAUCAAGACGGAGCACGUCACGGAUGUCGACCUGCGCGGCCGGAGCUGGGACGACGUCACCCACCGGGCCGUCGAAGGCCAGUGGAAGUUCGACGCGCACUUCGUCAAGGCGUGCCGCGCCAUGCGCGAGGCCGAGCGGCUCUGGGGCGGCUACGCCGGCGACGACGCGUACUUCCUCAAGGCCGCGGUCAAGUUUUCCAGCGAGUUCAAUAGCUGGGGGGGCUUCGGCGCCGAGGACGAAGGCGCCGAGGAAAGUAAGUAG